AUGUCUUGUCAAAGGAAAUAUGACUACAUUAAGUUAUGGAAGGUGACGAUUCCUGGCGAUCAGGAUGAUCAAUUAAGAAAUCUAAUACUCAAGGACAGUGACGAGCUGUUGGCAAUAAAUGAUAUUGGAAACUACUGGUCCACUUCGCCUUUAAAAAAACAUAUCUAUGUUAUUGUAAAAUUGCCAUUUUCCAGCUUGGAAGAGGCAUUGUCAUGUAUUCCACCGCCCAUAACAUAUUUUCCAAAAUGCACCACAUUAAAGAACUCUAUAAAAGUUUCUGGUGACCCGCCGACAAGUGUACAACUUUGGGAUGAUUUUUUCGAUAAAGUGAAUCAAUUCAAGAGACCACAACUUAUUCCUGAUAAUGAAGAGGAUGUUCGUGUUGCUAAUGACAUCAACAUUUGUAUGGUAUUAAAUAGACUUUUGAGAUUAGAAUAUAAGUUUGCAAGAUGUUCAUCUAAUACUACUGGCGCACCUGAUUUCACCUGCCACUAUAUCGUAGAACUAUUGAUAUUGGUGGUCAAAGUUAAGAGAAAGCAUGUUUUAGAAGAUAUAGGCGAACAGACAUUUUCUGAGUUUUAUAAGACAAAGAACGGUGAUCUAACAAAUCUACAACUAUAUGGGGGAAAAAUAAACGUAGAUACAGUAUUCUUGCUAUUUAUGAUAAUUACUGGCUCCUAUGCUGUAAACAUACAAGCAAAGCUUUGGAUCUCAAAAGCCCUUCCAUUGCAAUCCAAAUCCACACCAGUAUUCAAGGUAAAAGAUAAUCCUGAAUCUCCUCAUCCUCAAGUAGUAGUGUCAGCUCAUGGUGACAAUAAUUCAUGUACUCUUUGGUCACACUCAAAAUCAUCGUCCAACUCCUCAUUAAAUCAACAACAAUUUUCCAGCACUUUUGCAAAUCAACAAUCAUCUUCUAACACUUCUGUUAAUGGAAAAACUCUCCUAUAUGAAUUUCGUGAAGAUAUGAUUGCUCUGAAAAGUGCAGACUUAUCGAAGGCCUCUUUAUAUGUUCUGGAAGAAAUGCAGAAAGAAGUAGAGAUUUAUAAAGAUCUAGCUAAUAUUCAAGGCAACACUAUGUUGAGCGACCAAAAAAUAAUGAAACGUCAAAGGUUGAAAGCUAUUAAGGAAUUAGAAGCAAUCUACAAACGUGAGAGUUUAAUUGCCAAGCUUUUAGUUGAAAAUGCUAAAUUCAGAAAGAAGUUUGCUGAGAUCGAGGGUGAUGAGAAUACUGGGCUUAAGGAUAAGAAUGCUGAAACAAGAUUAUUGAAGAGAAUUCCAGGCGUGAUGUGA